CUGAAAUUCGUUCUUUUAGCUAGUCAAGUCCUGAUUAUGGAAACUGGAAUCAACACGAUUAUUCGAGACCCUCAAUGUGUCAAUAACUCGACUCUAUGACUAUUUCACUGCGCCACUACUAAUAAGCAAGUCAUUUGUGGAUUGCUUUCAUACAAUGUCUUAUGCAUUGUAUUUUAAUGAUAAUGAUACCCUUAUGCAAUUUAGAUUCACUGCAUGGUGGUACAGGUUCAAAUAAAGCAUCACUGGUUAGAUGUAGUGAAUAUGGUCAGCAGUCCUUUCAAUGUGCAACUAUGCCAUGGAUGUUUCAAUUUAUUGGUAGCAUUUUUGUGUCACCCUGUGUUCUUACAUGCAUUCAUGGACCCUGUUUGCCAUCACUUUAUAUUACAAACAGCAGCCUCCCCAUUGUUUUACUCUCAUAUAGAUUAUAUUGAUUAUUUAACAGCUCCCAAUAGUGAAACAUGUUUCCAUGCAACCAAUCCAUUCCCUUGUGUCAUUAUGGAAUGGGAGGUUUCUGAUACAGGGUAUAUCUGAGGAAAAUACAAUAUAUCAAUCCGAGGGACUGUAGGAACUGAGAGUUGAUAUAUUGUAUUUACUGAGGGAUAUACCCUGCAUCAAAAAUCGAGCAUUUAAUAAUUGAUUUAUUCUAUACUUAGUAGAUUAUGAGGAUUUAUAGUCAAGUUCCCUGGCUCAGUAUCUACUCUCUGAAUUUGUGAUGUCUUAGAUCCAAUGAUCGGGUGAUAUCAGCGGGUGAUAAAUAUAUCACCCACUGAUAUCACCCGCUCACUUCAGAUAUCAAUUAUAUUCCUGCAUGUUAUUCACCUAUAACACUACUAACUAUGGAAUAAAAAAUUACAUAAAAUAUCCAUACUUGUUAAUGUAUGUUAUUCUAAGUACAAGAAAAAUG